AUGUCCCUCAGGCAAGCAAAGCAAGAAAAGAACAACUACCCUGAAUAUAUCCAUCACGAUAUGCUUGAUAAUAUAUUCAUUAAUCUGACAUUGGAAAAGAUUGGUGAGUUUCGUCGUGUCAGCAAAGCUUGGGAGCAAAUGAUGAAAAGACAAGAAUUUGUUCUUAAAAAACGUGAGAUGAGAUACCCUGCAACUGAAAACAACAUCCUUGUUUUCACUCAAACAAGUCAAGAAGGUCACCUGUUGCAAGACAAACUAAUCGCCACCAACAUAAAAGUGCAAAUGGGUAACCCAUGCAACCACAUACGAUUGCAAGAAGAGAUGUCGAUGGGUGACGACGGCAUCCAUAAAAUCACGCCUAUCACCACAGAUUUGGUCUGUCUGCAAACCAGGUCUCAAAUCAAAUUCUUGAACCCAAAGACAACACAACUUGCAUCAAUUGAAUGGCCAUAUGAUGUCCCUCUCAGCAAUUGUGAAACAGCAUUUGGAACCUGGUUUGAUAGAUUCGUGUACUGGCGUGUAGACAAACUAUCCUCUGAAAUAGCAACACCUCAAGAGUUGCUGGUCGUGUUUGACUACCACACUCAACAAUUCCAAACCAUAAACUGCCCUCCAUCUCCAAUCUUCUUUAACCUCACUAAUCCUUAUCAUAUGAACCUCCAAGUGAAAAUAUUGGACUUCCAGGGGACUUUGUGUGUAAUAGAUGAGUACCACAUUACUCAGAAUCAUCACUGUCAGAUGUGGGCAUGGGAUCCAAAUACUUUCACAUGGGAUUACAUGUUCGAGACCAAUGAAUUCCCAAAUGCGAACACACACGUUCCACACGGAUUACAGUUCUGUCAUGAUUGGCUUUAUCCAGUAUUUCUAAGCCACAAAUCAUCUCCAGCGGGACAGUUCAUUGUCAAAGGAUACGAUAAUCGACAUUUGCUGUUGUAUAGUGUUCCUACCAGGAAAAUCACACACUCAAGUACAUCGCCGGAUCUAGAAACCAGUUUCAUCAUUACAGCAUGUUACUUCUGGGAGACAUUAACACACUUUUAG